UGUUGAGACAGAACACAAACCCGUCACCCACUUCCUGUUCACACACAGACUGAAUCUCUCAGACAGACAGUGACUGGAUACUUUGACAACAGAUGAACACCAGCUUUUUAUUUUAAGAGCUCAGACACACAAACACACAAUGAAAAGUCAGGUAGCGUCGCUGACCUGUGUGCUGUUACUGUGGAAACUGACCGUUUUCGUAAGCUGUCAAGGAGAUUCUGGAUAUCCGGAGAUAAAGGUGGCCGCGGUAUCUGAUGGGAUUAAGCUGUCCUGUGUUGGUGAAUAUAAUAUUUCAUCUGAACACAAGGGGGCUCAAACGAUUAUGGAACUGAAAUACAAGGAUGAAAACACAGGGGAGUACACAUGCGUGCCACGCAAGGCACCUGGAAAAGAGUCGACUAAAAUCUUUGUAAUGUUUCGCACAUGUGACAACUGUAUAGAGCUGGAUAAGGGCACUUUAGCUGGCGUGGUCAUUGGCGACGUGCUGGCUACAGUCGUAGUCGGGGUGGCUGUCUACCUCAUUGCGUCUGCGGCUCGGCCAGCUGCACUCGCCCCUCUCAAACAAAGUUCUGAUAAACAGCAUUUCAUUCCAAACCGCAGCAAAGUCCCCAACGAUGAGUACCAGAAACUGAAAUUUCAAGGUGGUAAUAGAGAGGAGUAUGAUGUCAUACAGAAUAGAAGAUAAAGGAAUGGUGCCAUGCUUCCUGCCAGGGAAAAAGUCAAGCCUCAGUCUCCUGACAAUGGACAGAACUUCAAGAUGUACAAUUUGGUGAUGAUUGUCAAUCAUCUGUGGUCUGACUAUUUGUGUAAUUCUGUUGAGUUUCGAGCUGGUUGUUUAUUCUCAGAUUGAAAGUAAGAUGAGGAUUUCUCCAGACAAAAUGCAUAACUUCUUAUCUUGUUCCUGUGGAUUAUAGUUACGUAAUCAAGGUUAUUCUUUUAAUGUUUUAAUUAAAUUUACAAAUCUGACAAAUAAAUGUGCACUGUUUAUGUAA